AUCUGUAUGCAUAGAAUGUAUACAACCGUCAAGCCAAACGAGCCAAACCCAUCGUUAAGCAAAUCGAGAUUGAGCUCACAAUCUAUGUUAUUAUAGUUCUGUGUUAUUUUGACGCCCCUAGUUAGACUUCGCUGCUUGGUCUGACUGUUUAGCUGCGUUGCAAGUCAAACCGGCUGUCAAGCCUCUAUUGUGUUUAUGUGCUAGCUAGAUUAACGUUAGCUGGAUAGCUAGCUAGCUUGUUGAGACUAGUGACUGCGUGAGUUAGCUGAUACGACCUUAUCAAUGCUUGGUCAUGUAAUCUAAUAUUCUUUGAGGAAAACUAUUUGAAAUCAUACACCGUCGGGAAUCUGGGAUUAGCAACUCCACCGUGUGUGUCCUGUCGGAGCUCAGACUCACUGGUCUGAAAUAAGAAUUUAAAAUCAUAUUGCGUAUCGUCAGUCAGCUAGCCAGAUCUCCAGGAUGCUGCAGUGAGCCAUGUUCAGAGUGCUGGUCGUGAUGGUGGGCGUGUGGGGGGCCCAGGCGUGCUCGGACCUGGGGAACUGCCCCACCCAGCAGGCCAACACCUCCAGGGACUACUGCUACACCGCCCGGAUCCGCAGCACCGUCCUCCAGGGCCUGCCCUUCGGAGGGGUGCCCACUGUCCUCGCCCUCGACUUCAUGUGCUUCCUGGUGCUGCUGUUUGUCUUCUCCAUCUUGAGGAAGGUCGCAUGGGAUUAUGGACGCUUGGCCCUGGUGACCGACGCAGACAGAAUGGAUCCGCGAUACAGCCGCCUGGACGAUCGGGAAUACGUUGCCUCGGCGAUGACGACCGAGACACCCGAGCGCUACGAGCGCCUCACCUCGGUGUCCAGCUCCAUGGACUUUGAGCAGAGAGACACCGGCUUUUGUUCCUGGCUGACGGCCAUCUUUCGCAUCAAGGAUGAAGAGAUCAGAGAGAAGUGCGGUGAAGACGCUGUACACUACCUGUCUUUCCAGCGCCACAUCAUUGGCCUGUUGGUGGUAGUGGGCGUGCUCUCAGUGGGCAUCGUGCUGCCCGUCAACUUCUCAGGAAACCUAUUGGAAAACAAUGCCUACAGUUUUGGGAGAACCACUAUAGCCAACCUGGACGCUGAUAACACACUGCUCUGGCUGCACACCACGUUCGCAUUCCUCUACCUGUUACUGACGGUGUACAGCAUGAGACGACACACCUCCAAGAUGCACUACAAGGAGGACGACCUGGUAAAACGCACUUUAUUCAUAAACGGGAUCUCCAAGUACGCAGAGGAGAAACUCAUAAAGCAACAUUUUGAAAAGGCCUAUGAAAACUGCAUUGUGUUGGAGGCCCGAAUCUGCUACAAUGUGGCCAAACUGAUGGCUCUGAACUCCGAGAGGAAGAAGACGGAACGCAGCAAGAAGUUCUUUACCGACCUGCAGUCUAAAGAGCACAUACCCACCAUGAUCAACCCCAAGCCCUGCGGACACCUCUGCUGUUGCAUCAUCAAAGGCUGCGAGCAGGAGGAGGCUGUCAGUUACUAUACUAAGCUGGAGUCCAAGCUGAAGGAGGAGUACAGGAAGGAGAGGGAAAAGGUCAACAGCAAGCCCUUAGGAAUGGCCUUCGUCACCUUCCAGAACGAAUCCAUGACCGCCAUAAUCCUGAAGGACUUCAACGCCUGUAAGUGUCAGGGCUGUGACUGCCGGCGGGAGCCCAAGUCGUCUCCCUUCAGCUCCAGCCUCCACACACACAACUGGACCGUCACCUACGCCCCCGACCCCCAGAACGUGUACUGGGAGCACCUGUCCGUGGGGGGCGUUCCCUGGUGGCUGCGCUGCUUCAUCAUCAACUGCAUCCUCUUCCUCCUGCUCUUCUUCCUCACCACGCCGGCCAUCAUCAUCUCCACCAUGGACAAGUUCAACGUGACCAAGCCUGUGGAGUACCUGAACAAUCCCAUCGUCACCCAGUUCUUCCCCACUCUGCUGCUGUGGGCUUUCUCCGCCCUGCUCCCCACCAUCGUCUACUACUCGGCCUUUUUCGAGGCCCACUGGACAAGGUCUGGGGAGAACAGGACCACCAUGCAUAAGUGUUACACUUUCCUCAUCUUCAUGGUCCUGCUGCUGCCCUCUUUGGGACUGAGCAGUUUGGAUGUUUUCUUCCGCUGGCUCUUUGACAAGCGCUUCCUGGCAGACGCCGCUGUGAGAUUUGAGUGUGUGUUCCUGCCCGACAACGGGGCGUUCUUCGUCAACUACGUCAUCGCCUCGGCGUUCAUCGGUAACGCCAUGGACCUGCUCCGCAUCCCCGGCCUGCUCAUGUACAUGAUCCGCCUGUGCCUGGCUCGCUCGGCUGCUGAGCGGAGGAACGUCAAGAGGGUCAGUCCCCGAUACCACACCCGUGCCCCCCCCCCUGUGGCCCCCCUGUGCAAAAAACACCAGGCCUACGAGUUCCAGUUCGGGGCCGCCUACGCCUGGAUGAUGUGCGUGUUCACCGUGGUCAUGACGUACAGCAUCACCUGUCCCAUCAUCGUGCCCUUCGGCCUGAUGUACAUGCUGCUGAAGCACCUGGCAGACAGGUACAACAUGUACUACGCCUACCUGCCCUCCAAGCUGGACAAGAAGAUCCACUCAGGGGCGGUGAACCAGGUGGUGGCUGCCCCCAUACUCUGCCUCUUUUGGCUGCUCUUCUUCUCCACUGUGCGCACAGGCUUCUCGGCCGCCACGUCCAUGUUCACGUUCGUGGUCCUGAUCAUCACCAUCAUCAUAUGUCUCUCCCACGUGUGCUUCGGACACUUCAAAUAUCUCAGCGCCCACAACUACAAGAUUGACACCCAGGAGGUGGAUGGAUUAGAGAACGGGCGCCCACCACUCACCUCUCCCUCCAACAAGUCUGCACAGAUGUACAUUGCCCAGGUGCUGCAGGAUCCGAACGCAGACGAGCUGGGCUCGGGCAGCGGGGAGGACGACGGCCAGGGCUCCUCGCAGGACGAGGAGAUCAUAAACGUGGGGAACAGCCUCAACGAGGCCGACUUCCAGUCCGGAGAGGACAGCCUCAUUGCCAAUGAGGUGCGUCACUGACACUGCCUGAGAUUUGGAGAGACUACCGUGGGUACUGAAUAUGUGAAGAAGGAAAAAAAAAAAAAAAAAGCUACGGACUAUAUCAACCGCUCUGAAAGGUAUCUCCACUAAAAGGCCACCAGAGAGGUACUCUACAAUAAUACACAGGAUCACUACUUUCAUACGGAUUACUGCAAAGGCUACUAAAGGAUUCUUCCACCUGCUUCACUACUACAACUGUUGGCUUCACCUGGAACUUCAGAAGUCCACAGAGUUGGCAAAACAAGGACAUUGACUUCCAUUCUGUUCAGACCUACUUCUCUUCUAACACUCAAGCAUUGCACAGAGACCCAAACAGUCAGAAAUACACUGAAGAGAUGCACAAAUGGAGAGUGAACAGUUUUUAUUUUUUGUUUUUUGUUGCCUUGCCAUGCAAGGGGGACUAGCUUUGUGUCUAUAUUUCCCUAACACUAUUGCACUUGAAGGAGAAUGUUUUGUCUCCGUGCCCUACACUGGUGGGGUGCUGUGGCAUGUGUUUUUCCCCCUCGCAUCAACCUGAGUCUGGUGGACAAGAGUUUCAGUAUGGUCAGGCGUGCCUCGGACUUCAGAGGGUGGAGGGCUUUCCCCACAAUCCGUUGGCUUCACCACCCGUCGUCAACACUCGAAGCUGGGGUUGGAUCAGCAGCUCGUGAGAGAGAACGAGAGCCGGAGACAAGUUGCGUGCCACGUUUGACCUGCGCUCUGCACAUCUGAGGGCUUCUGUUUGAAGCCGGUGAAGACCACACUCUGCUACUAACACUCCUAAAUAGUUUUUUUUAGUUGUUGUUUUUUUUUCCGCUUGUGUUUAGAUUGGGAAACAUGUUUUGACAUUGUACAGCUACAGAACUCUGGAUUUGUAAAAUAGAUUUUUUUUUCUUUUUUUUUUAAUGGUAUUUAUUUAUUUUUCGGCAUGAUAUCUCAAGUUCAAAAAAAUCUUUUUUGGGGAAUGAAUUGCGUUCUACCCUCAAAACUGUGGAUGAAGAUUGUUCUCUGUACCUCAUUGACCAGUCCCUUGUCUGGCCCUCAUCGGGGCCUCUGUUGGACUGUUGCUCCUGCUUGGGGUCCAGACAGGUGAAGAGUGCCCUGGUGCACCCUCGCCUCCACCGGGACUGCAGGGACAGCGCUCCAACAUGGAAGCAGGGCCUGGCCUCCUGGCCUGUGAGACCAGGACUCUCCUCCCCUGGAAGCAGGCACUGCUCUGCCCUGGCUGCCGUCUCUGUCUCCAGGCCCGGAGUCUGCACUCAUCCACCGAGGUUCUCAACCAGGCCUCUUUAUAUUCUUUUUUAUGUUUACGUCACUGUCAAGAUUUUCACUCUUGGUUAGAAUAUUGUCAUACGUGGUUCCUCUUAGGACGAGCAGAUGCCACAUCUAGAGUUUUUAGAAAGAACAGGUUGUGUGUUCUGUCUGCAUAGCUUCACCAAAUGAUAUUGACAAGACACUUAAUCAUGUAGCAUAUGUUUUAAAUGUUUAAGCGAUCAUUGUUGCGUUACCCCCCCGCCCCCAGUUACCAUGUCUCACGCUGUCAUUGCCAUUGGCCACAUGUCCAUAUAUAAGGUAUUGUGGUUCCAUUAAAAGGAGUCAUUGACAGGAGUCUUGCAACUUACCCCCAUUGAUUAGGUGCUAAUACUUUUAUUGUCAGAAAAAAAACACAGUUGAGUCCUGAUUAUUUGAUGAUAGCCAAAUGGAUACUAAUUGUAUGCUUUUUAUUUUUUUUUAUCUCAAAUUAUAUUGGAACAUUCAGUUGUCAUUUUAAGUUCUUCAUUUCAUUUUCAGAACCAGCAACAAGCUAUGUUUCUUUUCAAAUCACGCCUCUGGCAGAGAACACAUGCUCAUUGUCAUUUAGAUGUUUUCCUUCCAGUCAAGUCUUGGAUCCACCUCAUGGUUUAAAGAAUAACCAUGUUUCUCUGCACUAAUUUGGGUUGUGGCUUAAACAUAUUAACUUGCUUUUUACUUUGUUAUAUCCUGUAAUGCUAUGUCCAGGAACAAUAAGCCUAGACCAGUAACAUAAUCUAGUGCAAUGUAUUUUCUGUAGAACAAUGACUCACUCAGGUUUUAGUUUUUAAGGCAUUAGGGUUUUUUUUCACUAGUUCAGUGUCUUUUUCACUAGUUCAGUGUCUUCUUCAUCAUCUUCAACAAAGAUCGUCCAAUGAGCUUAUUGAACACAGACAUGGAUGAUUUAACAGACAGAAGCGCAGUGGUCAGAGAAGAAAGUUGACAGUCUUGUUCUGAUUGGGGGUCAUAAAAAGAACGAUCUGUUGUGUAGCUACUCGGUGAACAAAGUUGAGCAACACUAAUGUCAUGUUCACUUAAAUGUAUGCUAACAGUAACACAUACUAAUACUCCAUGGUAUGCCCAUUGGUAUAGGCGACCAUUGUCAGCUUCGACAUGAUAUGACACCACCAAUGGCAAAUUGUUUGGGGACGUCUGCAUCUGGACUUUUCUUCAUAACGACAAGGCGAUUUUAUGAGCUUUCUUCAAAUAUUUUAUAAUAAUGUAUCCAUUAAGCAGAUGUCUAAUCAAAGCAAAGCACAGGCGGGAUGUGAACCUGCGAGCCUUUGAUGUGCAGUCAAAGGCCUUACCACUGAGCUAUGCCCAUCCACAUGCUUUGUUCUGUUAUGUCUAAAACAUAUGACAAAUGAUUUGAUGUUCCUUGUUAUCUCUACUGACUAGAAUGGAUGUCUUGCUCUGAAGGAGAAAUGUAACAUUUGUAAACUCAUGAUUACAUUUGUUAACCACUCAACCAUUGUUGAAUCAAUGGCCAUUUUUUCCACCCCCUCAACACUGUUGUUCAUCUCCGAUAGAAACAUUUACAAAGAUGGAAGAAAUUUUUUCCUAAGGAGUUCAAUGUUCUGUAGAAGCCACUACUGAUUAUUUUUUUAUUUUUGCAUCGGUCCCUUAGCUGCCUGUGCCUACAGUGUUGUGACGUUAUUUACCAGAAUUAAGCAUAUUUUAAUUAUUCUGGUAAAAAAUAAAGUCUAGAUUAGAUAUGUUAUUACUUCAUCUGUGACUCAGCAUUUUUUGGUUUCUCACAGGAACUUAUUGUCUGGUCUGUAGAUUUUGUUUGUAAAUCAGGAACUCCAUGUGUAGGGCUGAGACUGGAUCCCAGUUCAUUUGUACAGUUCACUCAACAGGGGAACACCAAUAUGUUCAGGACAGUUUUAAACGUGAAUGUCUAUUUUUUGCUUUGCCCUCCCUUUUUUUCUCGCUAGACUGCUUAGGGAUAACAGUGACUGAUCUCAUUAUGGUAGUUUUUGGCUUGACAAUGUCUCAUUAUCUCCUGUUCCUCUCUAAGGGCUGUCUGUACAACAGAUUUAUCUGUACAUUUCCACCAGUUCCUUGAUCAAUUAAAUCUGUAUUUAAUCAA